AUGAAGAUGGACAAUGAUCUUGCUGCACUCUUUGCUAGCAAGAUGGCUGUGAGCAAUGGACCAGCACAGCCACCUUCAGGCAAUGUAGCCCCUCCUCAAGCACCCUCUCACACAUCUACCGACACCGAUAUCGAUGCCAUGCAGCAGGAACACUCUAACACUCCCAACCCUGUUGUCUCUGCCCAUGGAUUCUCCACGGAGGAUACACUCAGAAGCUACAAUAUUGACCCAAGCUCUCUAUACCCAUCCCAAAUUGACUUGUUCAGACAAGCGGCUCCAGAGCAGAAAUUCCGCCUCAUCGAGCUAUGGCGCAUAUCCCCAGGUUCAGCCAUGCCAAACAUUCUUCCAAGCCAAGGAGCCCACAUUGUUCAAACAAACUUUCUUUCAAACCUCAAGGAGAAGUCUCAACCAUACAGUGGUGACGACAUGAUGAUGGAUGAUGAUAAGAUCAAUGCUGAACCAUAUGUUCUCUCGGGGUACGAACAACUCGCUCAGCAGGAAUAUGAGAGCCAGAGCGCACCAGCCUCGACAUCUCUAUCAACCCAUACCUACAACCAAGCCACUGACCCAGUUUACAAGGGAAGCGAAUGGCAACAGGAGCAACAACAGCGUGCUAUGGAAAAUCAAUAUGGCGAACUCCAGAUGAAGAAAUACUACUUUGGAUGUGGGAUUUCGAGAGCUCACUGGCUGGAGGACGAGCAGAUGCUAUAG